AGUUGGCAGCACUAAUCGUGAUGUUUUAAUUGAAAACACACAAAUUACUUUACUGUUUUCAGCUAUUGUCGCCACAAUUAUUAUUUAAAGCAAUAUGAGCACCGCCGUAGAAGUGGCUAACACGGCUCCGGAGAAGUUGGCCAACUACUUUGCGCUACAGUCGGCGUUUGAGAAAGCCCUUGAAUUGGCCAUCACCGACGGCAAAGUGGAGCUGUUGGUCAAGGAGUACAAUAGAUUCCCGGCCAACACCGAGCACGACAAGCGCUUACCCAUGGACCAUGCGUUCCGGGUGCUCCUGAUGAAGCGGCUGGAUGAAGAUGUGAGUCGCAUUGGGGAGCUUGUACGCCUAUCCGUGGAAGCCACGCGGGCCGAGAUUGUGUCCAACACCAUACCCGUGGUGCUGCUGAUCGACACCUUCGAUGUGGUCACGCUGGACAAGUGCCAGAAGAUAUUUCAGUUUGUCGAGGAGAUGGUGGAGGUGUGGAAAGAAGAGAUCUUCUUUGCCUCAUGCAAGAACAACAUUCUACGCAUGUGCAACGACUUGCUGCGUCGACUUUCACGCACCCAGAACACCGUCUUCUGUGGCCGCAUCCAGCUCUUCCUCUCGAAGUUCUUUCCCUUUUCGGAGCGGUCUGGCCUCAACAUCGUCUCCGAGUUCAACCUGGACAACUUUACGGAAUAUGGCCUGGACAGCAAGGACCACGACGAAAGCGACAACAAGGAGCUGGAGGACACCGCUGAGGACAUCCCCUUAAAGAUCGACUACGACCUGUACUGCAAGUUUUGGUCGCUGCAGGACUUUUUCCGAAAUCCCAACCAGUGUUACAACAAGCCGCAGUGGAAGAUGUUCCAGAUGCACGCUGAGAAUAUACUACAGUCCUUCUCGAGCUUCAAGCUGGAGGACGUGCGCCAAAGUAGCAACGACAAUGCGAGCGGUUCUGACCAAGCAAUGGAUGUGGACGAAGAGGCCGUUGACGCUACAGCGGUGACCUCCGUCAUUAAGGCGAACCACUUCUUUGCCAAGUUUCUAACCAAUCCCAAGCUUUUGGCUCUGCAGCUCUCCGACGCCAAUUUCCGACGUGCCGUUCUGGUGCAGUUUCUUAUUCUAUUUCAGUACCUGCAAGUCAGUGUAAAGUUUAAAAGUGAUACUCAAACCUUGACUGCAGACCAGGCAGACUUUAUCAAGGAAACAGAGUCCCGUGUUUAUAAGUUGCUAGAGGAGACACCACCGUACGGUAAGCGGUUUUCACGGACAGUGAGUCACAUGCUGGCCCGCGAAGAGAUGUGGAACAACUGGAAGAACGAAGGCUGCAAGGAAUUCAAGAAGCCCGAGGAACCAACUCCCAGCGAAGAGGACUCGAAGCCAACUCCCAAUAAAAGACCACGACGCCCAUUGGGCGAUGCACUGCGCGAUGCUUCCCGCAGCGGCAAGUUUUAUUUGGGAAAUGACAACCUAACACGUUUGUGGAACUACUCUCCAGAUAACCUGCAGGCCUGCAAAAGCGAACAGCGAAACUUCCUACCGCUGCUAGAGACAUAUUUAGAAACGCCGCACGAAAAGGUGGAUCCCGCUUUUGAGUGGCGAGCACUGCGCUUGCUUGCCCGCCAGACACCGCACUUCUUUACGUCGCUCUCUCAGCCAUCGAGCAAGAUCUCCGAUUAUCUGGAGCAAGUACGCAAACGUCUCAUCAGGGACAAGGAGCCCAAACCUGCUGCCCUUUUAUCGAACAACUCUUCGGAGAACAGUUUUGGUCUGUCGGCCAACAACGUUCAUACGGAGGGCGAGCAGGAUGCUACGGUCGCCCUUCAGGACGGUGAACCAGAGCAGGAUCUUGAAGUAGAGGACAACGAACCUGUGGUGGAAGAGGUGGAUGAGGUACCGGCGCACGAGAAACCCCUUAUGGUUACCAAAGAGCAUAUCGAAGAGGUGGCGCCCCUUAUAGGCGAGCCAUGGAUGAAAGUGGGAAAGAAGAUUGGUUUCACCAACGACGAACUCCUCUUCUUUCAAAUGGAGCAUCCUACGGCGAACGUGGCCUGCGUUAAGAUGCUGACAAACUGGAUAUCCGAUGACGACGACGCCACCCUGGAAAACUGGGCGUACAUGCUAGAGGGAUUGGAGAUGAAUAAGGCCGCCGAAGCGGUGAAGGCCAUUAUUGAGCGCGAAAAGUCUGGAACCACUGGCGCCUUCUGCCUCCGGUAACAACGUUUAGGUUCUCUCCGAUUAGCAUCAUCGCCAUGCCGAUCCCACCCUAGUUAUUAUAGGCUACUUUAGAUACGUUACAAUCAUCAAACUUCUUUAUCACAAGUAAAAGUAUGGGCGAAUAUAGAUUCCCAAUCACCA